AUGUUCAUCAAAGUGAAAUUGCCAUGGAAUGUCACGGUUCCAGCUGAAGACAUGGACAUGAAAGGCCAACUCCAGAGAUCUAUUCUCAUCCGUCUACUAGAUGCAUUCGCUUCCAAAAAAGCAACCAAAGAUCUCGGCUACUUCGUCGCACUCAAAGAUCUAGAAGAAAUCGGCGAAGGCAAAAUCAGAGAAAACACCGGCGAGGUCGUCUUCCCGGUGGUUUUCAACGGAAUCACAUUCAAAAUCUUCACCGGAGAGAUUCUCAACGGCGUCGUUCACAAAGUGUUCAAGUCCGGUGUCUUACUGAGAUCCGGCCCUUGCGAAACGGUUUACCUAUCAAACCUGAAAAUGCCCGGUUACGAUUACAUUCAUGGAGAAGAACCGAUUUUCGUUAACCAGAACCUGUCCCGGAUUGAAAUCGGUUCAUCAGUCCGGUUCGUCGUCUUAGCCGUCGACUACAGAGAGGCUGAGAAAGACUUCAUCGUUUUGGCCAGCCUCGUCGGAGACUUUCUUGGCCUUCUCUAA